GACGGGGCCCUAACGCUCGCCCUAAUAACUUCUACCAAUGCCACAGCGUAUCUGUGGCUAGUUUGGUAUAAAAAGCUUCGCAUUCUAAGAGGCUCUCUGUGCUAUUCGUCACUCAGCCUGGUUUACUGAGACUCGUACUGCCGACGAUAUCUAUCACUGUCAUUGUCUCACAUAUUCUGAUCGACUGCAAGUAUCCACGUGUGUUCAUUAGCCACUCGGCCACAUCUUCAGACUCAGACUGCCACCACCGCAAAACAUGCACUCUCGCGCGGCCCAUGUAAAAUCAUCUCCCCAGGUUCCAGAAUAUCCCGUCAUAGAGGACGAGUUCCAAUAUCUGGACAAGUUCGAUACAGUUCUCAUCGUUGAUGAUUCCAGGUCUAUGGUCGGCAGACGGUGGGAAAUUGCGAGAAAGGUACUCGGUGAACUCGCUGUAGUUGCAGCUCGAUACGACGACGAUGGAAUUGAUAUACACUUCUUAAAUGACCCUACUGUGCAACACGGGCUAACAACAAAAGAAGAAAUCGACGAGCUCUUUCAGAGAGUCAUUCCUACUCCUGGAACGCCCAUAGGCCGUAAACUGGACAACCUGUUGACAGCCUACAUAAACAAGUAUGAGGAAUUGCGACGCGAUGGGACGAAAUUGAAGAAAGUAAACUACAUUCUUCUGACUGAUGGCGAACCAUCUGAAAGCAAGAGUUCGGAGUUGUAUCCUGAUAAAGUCAUCGUCAGAGCAGCUAAGAGACUUGACGAGUUACAUGCGCCCCAAGUCCAAAUUGGUAUUCAGUUUGUACAAAUCGGCCACUCUGUUUCAGCCACCAAGUUUCUUCAGAGCCUUGACGACGACCUCAUGCAUAAAUAUAAAAUCCGAGAUAUCGUUGACACGACUCCCGCACAAGCAGGCCACGACCUUAGCGCGAACGAUAUGAUCAAGAUAUUGACGGGCGGAAUCAAUAGAAGGGUGGAUAAUCAGGAUGUACGUAGACGCCGAUGACAGUCCAACGUUCACUUUCACGAUCUUAAAUAAAUAUGAACCAUUAUAUGGAGGUAACUACGUAUAUCAAACUAGUACUACAAACAAGAUAUAACAAUCCUCCGAAUCUGCAGAAAGUAAAUACACAUGAUCAAACGUGAGAAGCAGGACGUGUCGUCCUAUCUAAGCAAAAUCCCAAUCCCCAACCCGAUACAAAAUCCCCCAACAAGGGCAACACAGACAUUCCAAUUUGUCACGCCUGAUAAGAAACCCCGAAUAGAUCUCCGCGUCCGCCUUUGCAGAGGUCCCAGCAUCGAUAUCGAAAACAUGAACA